AUGGCAUCAUCUCACGGGAACAGUACUCACUCAGAAUCUGCCAAGACGGAGCAGAUAAUCACCGAGUUUUUUGCCAAGAGUCUACACAUAAUACUCGAGUGUAGGUCUCCCUUAAUGUCUUCCCGUAACUUCAGUGGGGAACAAGCUCUAUCGUCUCCUUCUUCGUCGUCUUCCUCGUCGUCGAGUGUGAGGCCGAGGGACAAAUGGUUCAACUUAGCUCUAGGUGAGUGCCCUGCUGCGCUCGAGAAUCUCGAUCUCUGGCGCCAGAGCAAUUUCGAGCCGGUGGUGGUUGAUGUGAUCUUGGUGAAGAGAGGGCUUAGUAGAACUCAGUCAUUAAAGGAGAGUAGUAAUGCUUACAGUUCUGAUCAUGAGGAGGUCUUGUCUGGAAGUGAGGAGAAGAUUAUAGAGAGGUGGAUAGUUCAGUAUGACACUAGAAAGCCAAGGGAAAAAGGUUCAACCAGUCGCAGAACGUCGAGCAAUGUACUGCAUACGCUGUACAAGAAAUCGAUACUACUCUUGAGGUCUUUGUAUGCUACUGCUAGGCUUCUGCCUGCUUACAAGAUCUUCCGGGACCUCAAUUGCUCCGGGAAGCUUCGUCCUUUUACUCUCACUCAUAGGCUAUUAUCCUUCGUUGAGCCCUUCACACGCAAAGAAGAAUCUGAAAUGCAGCGAUUUAGUUUCACCCCUGUGGACACUUCUUCUGGAAGGCUUUGCCUUUCGGUUUUGUAUCAUUCAUCAGUAUCUGAUGCUAGUUCUGAGUCGUCCACUCCUAUGUCUCCUCAGUUCAUCCCUGAUUAUGUUGGAAGUCCAUUGGCUGACCCGCUGAAGAGGUUUACUUCUCUUCCUGUGUCCUCUCCGUCAUCUCUGCCAUUCUCCAGGAGGCAUAGCUGGAGUUAUGACCGGUAUAGGGCUUCACCACCUGCUUAUUUCUCUCCUUCACCAACUCAUUCAGAACCACCAGCUGCAAAUGCCCUUCAGUUUGGACCCGUGAACUUGCCUCCUCAGCAUCCAGACAGUUCAUCAGUUCACAAGACCAACAACAGUUAUGAUGAGUACUAUCCUUCUCCUAACUUUACACCAUCGCCUUCCCCAUCGCCACCUGUCUACAUGCAUGGGAAUCAUCUUUCGAAUGCAGCACUGUUACGAACCGAGAGUGCACCUGUCUGCAUACCAAAGCUCAAUCUACAGCCAUCUCUUCCGAUGAAUGAUAACAACAGACCAUCACGUGGUUCUAAAUUAGAUAUGAGUACAGGUUUGCCUAACACUGGUGUAUCGGUUGAAAAGUUGAUCGUGAAAGAUGAUUCUAAGAAGCAUUACGGGACAAAGAUAUCUGCAGUCAAUUCUUCGCAGUGUUCGAUUUCUAGAAGUUCCAGCAGAUCUUUUCUUGAUGACUUCGAUGAUUCAGAUUUUCCUUGUCAUUUUGAUGUGGAGGAUGAUGAUCCGAUGUAUCAUGGAAGCAGGCCAGAAUCUUUUGAUAAAAAAAGUCAUAUUGGAGACCAGAUGGAUCCCCAAGCUGGAGGAACCUUCCCCAUCAAGAAAUCACAAGAUGCCGCAGUAGGUGCCCUUGUCCAUAUGCUGAAGAAAGCUCCACCUUUACGCCAGGAACUCUCCACUAGCACGGCCGAUUCGACUCAUGUGUCCAGCAUUCGAGCAGAACACCCUCUUGAUUCCUCGCAUUCUGUUCUGGUUGCAUCGAAGACGACGGCUGAUGCAUUGGAAGAGCUGCAGGGUUUCAAACGGAUGAAGGACUGCCUGCUUAGUCAAGGAGGCGGGACUUGCAAUGUGGCAGCAGGUAUAUGGAAGUAG